AUGUCUCGCAAGAGAAAAUCGCUCUCCUUCAAAGAGAAGCUGGAAGUUUUGAGAAAAGUGGACGAGGACCCUAAAAGAAAACGCGAGGAUUUGGGUCACGACACCACCGCCAUGGCCAUAAGCUGGGCGCUAUUUCUGAUAGGCCUCAGUCCUGUGGAGCAGCAGAAAAUACACGACGAACUGGACUCCAUCUUCGGGGACGACACAGAGCGGCACGUCAGUCACGAAGACAUGAAAGAGAUGCGCUAUAUGGAAUGCGCGCUAAAGGAGUCACAACGGAUUUACUCUAGCGUGCCGUUCUACUCAAGACUUUGUGAAGAACCUCUUGAACUCGGCGGCACGAUUCUUCCCCAGGGAACAGUAAUUAAAAUUGCGAACUACUUUUUGCAUCGAGAUCCAAAAGUAUUUCCAAAACACGAAGAGUUUCGCCCUGAAAGGUUUCUUCCCGAGAAUUCAAAGGGAAGGCAUCCUUUCGCCUACAUCCCUUUCUCGGCAAGUCCACGAAACUGCAUUGGUCAGAAGUUUGCGCUGUCGGUGGUGAAAAUCGUUGUUGCCAACAUCCUGCGCCGAUACAAGCUUCAGUCCCUCGAUCACAGAGAUCACGUCCUUUUAUUCGCCGAAAUGGUUCUCAGACCUAAAAAUGGACUCCGAAUUAAGCGCAUCCCCAGAACGUCUUUGAAGGGUGCUUGA